AUGGUGCGAGCCCGGCUCAACUGCAGCGGAGGCCCGCUCGCCGGAGCGCGGGGGACCGGAGACGCCGGGAGGAGGCGCCUACGGAGUGGAGCACGGCUUCUGCCUCAGCCAACAGCCGCCCGGGAGGCGUGGCCCGUCCCGUUCAGUCCCUCCCUACCUGCGAACCUUCCAGACUCCAGCUGGAAUGCCCGGAGGCAGGGACCCCCAGUGUCCCUUCAGAGCCAGGAGAGAGCACGCGAGCUAGACGAAAACAGGCUGGGCCGCCACUUGACCUUGAAUUGCCAAUGGGAAGCACCGUACCAUCCGAGUCACUCCAGGGACUCCUCCAGACGGAGGAGGAGCUUUCGGUCUCCGAGAGCCUGGCCGUGCGCAUGCGCACUCCCUCGGCGUCCAGGGGCCGCUCAGCGAUCCGUUUCCUUCCCCCUUUUCCUGGAUCGCGCGACUCCCCCAAACCCUUCCCAUCCCGUUGUCGCUGAGGAGCACCUCGCAGUUCCUCGGGAGGCGCCGCUCGGGCCUGGACGCGGCUGUACCCGGAUGUGGAGCCGCUCUCGCCCGGCGGGGACUCGGUGGCGGGGCGGAGCGCGGCGGCGUGCGCGGGGGCUGAGGGAAGCGGGCCCCGGGGCCCCGGCUCCGGCCGCUCGCCGGCCGCUAGCGCCGCUGCCCAUCGCGGAGCCGGCUCCCGGGCGUCCAGGCCCGAGUGAGCGUCCGGGGGCCGCUGAGGGCCGGCGGCUCGCCUGGCCUCCCGCUGCGCUCGCCGCCGCACCCGGGCGAGCCUCCCCCGGCCCUCCGCGCUCCCGGCCGGGGGAGAGCGAGGUUUGCUGGCGGCCGUCGCUGUAGCCCGGCCGGGGAGUCCGGGGCAAGCGGCAGAGCCCCCGCCCACGACCGCUCGCCCUCGGCCUGCAGUCCAACGCCUGCGAGCCUCCGCGGGCGGGCCUCCAGUCGGAGCGGGGGCCGCGACGGCCACGGCCCGGCCCGGGCGAAGGGCUGCUCGUGGACCGCGCCGCCGCCGCCCCGGUAAGUCGGCCCCACGGCCCGCGGGGCUCGCUGCCGCCCCCGCCGGCGUCCAGAGUGCGGCCCGGGCCCAGUUCUCUCACGAUUCCCCCGCCGGCGGCGGCGCCCACCGUCCGGGCCCCAAUGAGUAACUCCCGCAACAACCGAGUGAUGGUGGAGGGGGUCGGCGCCCGCGUAGUGCGCGGCCCGGACUGGAAGUGGGGCAAGCAGGACGGCGGCGAGGGCCAUGUAGGCACUGUCCGGAGCUUCGAGAGCCCGGAGGAGGUCGUGGUGGUGUGGGACAACGGCACGGCCGCCAACUACCGCUGCUCAGGGGCCUACGACCUGCGCAUCCUGGACAGCGCGCC